UAUAAUAAGCAGAAAAUUGCAAUUUUUUUUUGUUCAUAAAGAAAUGUGCUUUUAUUAAUUAAACACAUGAAAAAGAAGAGCAUAAUGUUAUCAGGAGUUGCACUUUAUUUAAAUGAAUCGCUACAAAAUUAUCUUUAUGAAGAUUUAAUAGAAUAUUGUCCAAAUUUAUGCUACCACAAAAAGAACCGUUUAAGACUAAUGAUACGAAAAGUUGGAAGUCAUUUUCUAGCAGGAAAAUUGAGGGAUGCUUUGAUUCAAUAUAGAGCUUGUAUCAUUUUAAUUAUGCAAAGUAGUCAGGUAACGAGGAAUUUAUUUGUUAAUCACAAUACUUUUCUUGAACUCUUUGUUGAUUCUUUAUUGAAUGUUAUUUUCCAGCAUCCUGAAACAAUAGAUAUUUUAAGAAACAUUACUUUGCGUAUUAACUGCGGAAAAUUUAUGGAGCCGUGUGAUCCGAACGAAAAAUGUAUUUUGUCGAGUGAAGAAACCGACUAUAUUUUGGCGCAACUCAUAAAUCGGUUUAAAGCAACAAGUAAUCAAAUUUCCUUUUUAAGUAUUGAACAUAAAGCAGCGCUUUAUCAAGGAUUGGAAUACCAUAUGCGUAACUCAGGAGCGGUUUGCCCUAUAAGUUUAGAACCAAUUUUCCAAGAUGAAAAGCUGACAGAUGACAUUGGCGUUCUAUUUGAAGAAGAAGAAGUUGAACUGGAAGUCAUGGCUAAACACAACAUUUUUUUGAAUGCCCGAGAAUCGUCUUUCAUUAUUUGUAACUCUGACAUGAAUAAUAUUGAUAACAUUUGUGACGGGAAAAUCAUGAUACAGCCAACGUGUCCAUCAAUAGGUUUCGCAACACAAUUAUUGGAUUUACUUUUUGUGAAAACUUGUCGGGUUGCUCAAAAUUGUUUGCGAAUUCGAUUAAUUGACGAUUCGCGGACCAUAACACCAUCAAAUAGACUAAAUUUAAGUCUUGGUGAGCUGUGUAGUGAACAAACUAGCCCUUUAUUGGAGCAAGUCACAUCUAGUUCCUCUUUAUCCGUACUGAACGCUGAGGAAUCGAGUGAAGAGAAUGUUCGGCAUAUGAUAUCUCGACGUUGGACCAUUACGAGUUCCAAUACGGAGUUUACUUGUACAAAUCAAACUAAGACGAGAAAAUCUUCAUGUGUUAACGAUGGUUCGACAAAUGUUUUCCGUGUCGUUCGUUGCCAUUUCUUUAAAGCAACACAACUAUUAAAAUGGUUUGACACAGGACAGUGGAUUAACCCAGUUACCCGAAACCCUAUUUUACCUGAUGAUUGGUGUAGAUUGACGUGUCCAUUCAUAGAAACAGUCACAAAAAACUAGCACGUUAUUUAAUAUAUAUAAAUUUUUUCUCAUUUAAUUAUUCUUGUUUCCCGUCCAUUAUUGAUUUGAUAAUAUUUCCUUGUUUUUAUUCUUUACACUUGAUAAAAGUUUGAAUAAAUAAUUUUAAUUAAUAAUAAUAGAUGUCUAUUU